AACUGCGCGCAUUGGCGGCUUGUUUAAAUUUUUUUCAACUCGCAUGUUUUCUCUUCCAAGCCUAUAGAAUCAGGCGUUUUAGGCAGUUAUAUGGUGUAUCAGUACAGUAAUGAUAUCUUAUAAAUAAGCAUAUAGUUAUGUCUUAAAACAUUUAACGCCGGUCUGUUAUAUGGUUCCAGUGGACGCCGAUUUUAAAAUCUAGUUAGCCAGUUAGCUUUUCGGCCCAGUUGGUGCUGUAGGUGUGUCCGCCUCCCGCAGCGGCAUGGACGCUGCAGCCGAAGCGCUUCUGCGGCAGACGGUGCGGAGGAUACCCUCCAGCAAGCUGAACGGCGUCCUGAGGCGGUGGGGCUGCUUGUCGGAGACGCAGCUCGGAUCGCUGAAAUCCAUGCAGCCGAAGUGGCUGCUGUGUGAUAACCUCCUUUCUCUCUGCCAGGAAAACGACCUGUCAAUGAAACAUGUCGCGCAGAUUGAAAUGCUUUACUACAUGGAAAACCCAAAGCGGGGGAUAUGGUAUGCCUUCCAGAUGGUGGAAGCUGAUGAUGAAGCCCAGUCUCUGGAACUGAUGCAUUUUAGAGAGCGAUUCAAAGCACAUCUGAAGGACCUCAUCAGUCAUGUUUCCAUAAAGCUGAAGAAGCACCAGGAUGAGUCCGUUUGGAUUCGAAUUGCUUGGGGGGACAAUUUUCACAGACCAAACCACUUAAAACCAACGUAUGUCAUGCACCAUCUUCAGACUCCUUAUGUGUUUGUUUCCAGUUUGACCACCAAGCACAAGCAUCUGUUGUUUCAGGCUUUGGUUCUGGCCGCUGGGUACAGUUCAGUCAGAGAUGUUCACCUCAGUGGGCGUUGCCUCACUGCCCUGAGAGAUCUGUUGAUGAGGCAGUACAAGCAGGUAUUCCCGUCAAGUUGUCCAAAGCCACCGGAGGAGAGCGAUCCGCUUCCAAAUCCCAAUAUUGAAAACGAACACGCUAAAGUUAUGGAACAUAAACGGCAGGCAGCCGCUGAAGCCUUUGGCUACGAGGAUCCACCAAAAUUGGAAAGUGCUACAUACAAGCUGGAAACUAUGUACAGAGAACAUGGGAACGAGAGUCUGAAUGGCAGGGAUGAGCCUUUCCGGGGUGUGGUCAAGUUCACCAGCAGCAACCUCCUUGAGUCACUGAAAUACUGCAUUACUUCAGGAAUCACUUCUACACCACUGACGCCUCUGCUGUCAUCCAUAACGCAGAAAGGAAGGAAUUAUUUCGUAAUCAGAGACAAAGGUCCUGGCAUUGCCUCUGAUACACUAGGUCCAAAUCUUUGAAGUACAGACUGGAGACCGGAAAAUAUUUUAUUUUACAGACUUGUAGCGAACUGCCUGGAGUGCAUCUAUGUUUCUGUUUUGUGUUCAUUUGUAUGAAGUAUGUAUUGUUGUGCGGCUUUUACUCAUUUCAUUCUACUUUUAAUGUAUAUAUCUUACAAAACUCCAUCUCUGCUUUCCAUAGCAGCUGCCUUGUCAGGUGAAUUUGGAAAAGGCAGCAAAUUCUGAAUAGGUAUAUUUGCUUUCUACUGCUGGAAAACGCAGUUUUUAUAUUUUGUUAAAAUAAAUUAGUGUUUCAUUUGUA